AGCGUUGAAGAACGGAUCACGUGUGAUUGGUGUACAUAUUCGGGUCGAUCAAUCCGAUUAGUCGCCACUCGCGAGUGGUUGCGUUCUCCACGUCGACUGGUCUCUCCACUCACCAUCUGGCCAGUCAUCUUUUAGAACACUCUCUUCGGUAUACUCGCUCGAUGGAAACUCUCCCGUUCACCACGCGAUGUGAUCUGCGAGGUGAACGUUCUAAUAUUACCGAGGAAGGUUCUCGAAACGGUUGCGUGUAACGUAAUAAAAACGUGUCGCCGAUGAUAAAACUUCUCGACUGAUUAAUUCUACGAUUUUAAAUUAGUUCUUUUUCCCUCGUCGUUUUUAAUUAAAUGAAAUUAAUGCAAUUUCUGAGCAAACAGGUCCGUACAGUAUCUUGACAUUCUAACAAGGAUCGAAUGAGAAAUAAUCGGGGCCAACCGAGGCGACGUUUCUCGCCGUAUCGAAGUUAUACAUCUUGAUCGGUUACUUGUUUUUUGUUUUUAACGGUGGAAAAAAAAAGCGGGAUAUCAUUUAUUAUCUCCUUCACCCGUUCAAGUCUAAGUGAUUACGAUUUUUUAAUUUAAUUUAAUCUUCUAGAUUUGUUUUCGCACCGCGAAAAGUAAUCGUCAUUCCGUCACGCGCGCUUCCUCCGUCCGACGAAUCUUUACUCUGCCCCGAAGUCCGAAGGUGGUUUUUAAAUCGAGGAAUUCCGAGCAAUAUACAUCCAGCCGAGGAGAGCGAAUGAUCGGCGCGUGCGCGACCGUCGGAUCGCUGACGCAAGGGAGUACGUCAGCUGUUUUGUUAGACUUUCGCGACGGAUAGACGUGCGUGUGCGUCCGUCGCUGUCAUCGCCGUCGUCGUCGCCGUCGAGAAUACUGCCGUAUCGUUGACUUGGAGGGGCAUCUUUCUCUCGCGCAACUUUCCUCGUCGCACACGGCGACGGGCUCUCGCGCACCUUUGUUCACCGUCGUUCGCCGUACGCGCGCGUGAGAAGGACCGUGCGUGCGCGUUUCCGGGCGAUUCUGCGUGCGACGGAGGAGUCGUGCGUUCGCGAUUCGCGCGUGCCGUCAUCGUCGCACGUCCAUCGCGCUCACGCUCGGAGGAUCCCUCUUUCGGUUCGACUGUUUUUCCCCGAUUGAUCCCGCGGGACCUCGGCCGUAGGUUUCACGCGUCGGAGACGCGUACGUCCUCGGACCGUGACUGCCUACCUAACGCGACAGGAUCGGGACGUUCUCUCGCCCGCUCGCACAGUGAUAGCUAUAUUGUGAUACUUCGACAGAGAGAGACAGAGAGAGAGAGGAAGAGAGAGAGAAAGAGAGAGAAGAGAGAAGGAGGCGCGUAGAGCGAAGACAUGGCACAGCCGACGAGCAGCGCGUUACGGGCGCUCGCCCUGGAGUACAAAAGCCUACAGGAGGAGCCCGUCGAAGGCUUCCGCGUCAAGCUGGUCAACGAGGACAACAUGUUCGAGUGGGAAGUCGCGAUCUUCGGACCGCCCGACACUCUCUACCAGGGCGGAUAUUUCAAGGCACACAUGAAGUUCCCACCGGAUUAUCCGUACAGUCCACCGAGCAUUCGUUUCAUGACAAAAGUUUGGCAUCCGAAUGUAUAUGAGAAUGGUGAUCUGUGCAUAUCAAUUCUGCAUCCACCCGUAGACGAUCCACAGAGCGGUGAGUUGCCUUGUGAGAGGUGGAAUCCGACUCAGAAUGUCAGGACUAUCUUGCUGUCAGUGAUCUCGUUGUUGAAUGAGCCCAACACGUAUAGUCCAGCCAACGUUGACGCAUCCGUAAUGUAUAGACGUUGGCGUGAUUCCAAAGGAAGAGACAAAGAAUAUGAAAAUAUCAUAAGGAAACAAGCUCAAGCUGCCAAGAUGGAAGCGGAAAAGGAAGGUAUUGUCGUGCCUGUAACUCUGGAGGAUUAUUGCAUAAAGACUCGAGCGAGGCCGGCCGAACAACAACUAGAUAUGACAGACUUCUACGAUGACGAGUACGAGUUGGAUGAUGAUGAGGAUGAGCAGUUGAGCGCGACCGAUUACGAGGAUGGUGAUGAUAGUGGUAAUGGGGAAUCGUGAUCCAUUUCUUAAAUGAUAAUAAAAACCCGCGAAUCGCUAAUUAUUAUAUAUCAGUUCUGUAUAGAUUAAUAAAUUAACGAGCUUCUAAACCGGACGAUCUCCCUGUUUUUCCUUCUGGAUAUCAAAGUUUAAAU